AUGAGUCAUGAAGGAUAUGGCAACAGCUAUAUUUCGGUUGGACCAUGGGGAGGGCAAAGCGGAGCGCGGUGGGACGAUGGAGUUUACAACACUGUAAGGCAAGUGGUAAUCUGCCAUGGAGCUGCUAUUGAUUCCAUUCAAUUUGAGUAUGACAAGAGGGGGUCCUCUGUCUGGUCAGAGAAGCAUGGUGGAACUGGUUGUUUAAAGACAAGUAAGGUCAAGCUUGAUUGUCCUGAUGAAUAUCUUGUUUCCAUUAGUGGCCAUUGUGGUUGCGUAGUAGAUUACGGUCCAGUACUUAUUCGAUCGCUAAUGUUCGAAAGCAACAAAAAAAAGUAUGGACCUUUUGGCAUUCAGUAUGGAACCUAUUUUUCAAUUCCAAUGACUGGAGGCAAAAUAGUUGGUUUCCAUGGCCGCAGUAGUUGGUACCUUGACUCCAUUGGAGCAUACUUGAUGCCUCUCCUGCGACGGAAUCCGUCGAAUAAUUUCGUCCCUCCACAAAACUACCCAACAAAUGGGACUAAAGAAAAAUACAAAGGCUGUGUUCUUGGAGCGGAACUAAGCAACAAGGCAGUGUCUUAUGGACCUUGGGGUGGUAAUGGUGGAAAUAUAUUUGAUGAUGGAGUUUAUACAGGAGUCCGCCAAGUUCAUCUAGCACAUUACGGAGGUGUUGUUUGGAUUCGGGUUUGUUAUGAUCUGAAUGGACAAUCAAUAUGGGGAAGCAAAAAUGGAGGAAGUGGAGGAAUUAGAUUGGACAAGCUAGCUUUUGAUUAUCCAUACGAAAUCUUGACUCACAUAACAGGAUAUUAUGGAUCAACAAUCUUAAGAGAGCCUACAGUGGUGAAGUCCCUUACAUUUUACACCAACAGAAGGACGUAUGGGCCAUUUGGAGAUGAACAAGGGAGACUUUUCUCCUCUGGAUCUAACAAUGGAGUUAUUGUUGGUUUUCAUGGAAGAAAGGGUUGGUUCAUUGACAGUAUUGGAGUCCAUGUCAUGGAAGGAACAUCGUCAGUCUCUAGACCAAUCCCUAGGCCUUCUUAUGAAUCUUUCAAGUUCAAUGAAGUUCAAGCAUCUGAGGUAAUAAUCCCUGUAGUGGUGAAAGAAGCACCUUCAACGGUAUCAGGGCUAUGGGGUGGAGGUGGAGGUACGCCCUGGGAUGAUGGAGUAUUCUCUGGGGUGAAGAAAAUUUUCUUGACGAAAGGAGAAGCCAUAUAUUGCAUACAAAUUGAGUAUGACAGAAAUGGGCAAUCUUUAUGGUCAGCUAGGCAUGGAGGAGGCAGUGAAGGAAGCUUUAAUAUGAUCAAAUUUGACUAUCCAUAUGAAGUCCUUACAAGUGUUUGUGGCUAUUAUGCUUCUCUAACUGGAGAUGAUCAGAUAAAGGGUGGUGCCAUAAAAUCUCUGACGUUCUAUACCAAUAAGGCCAGGUAUGGACCCUAUGGGGAGGAAACAGGAACAUUUUUCACCGCCGCGAGGACUGAAGGGAGAAUUGUUGGGUUCCACGGAAGGAGUGGGUGUUACUUGAAUGCCAUUGGAGUCCAUUUACAGCAAUGGCCCAAUGACGUGGCCCAACAAGGACUAGGCGAACGGGGAGGCCCUGUCAAAAUGAUCACGAACAACAUCUCAAAACCUCCAUUGACAAUCGCAAACAACCAAGACAGUCUAUCAGAAUUCUCACAAAAACCCAUCAAAUCCUCAAUAUCCUUCACCAACAAUUCUCACCCAAAAUUCACCGACUACCACUUAGACUCCCUCUGCAGAAACGGACGCUUAACCGAUGCCGUAACAGCUCUUGAUUCCAUAGCUCAACAUGGGUCCAAGGUAACAUCCAAAACUUACAUGAAUUUACUCCAAUCCUGCAUCGACAACAAUUCUAUUAAUCUGGGCCGCAAAGUUCAUGACCGAAUUAGUGUCGUACAAGAAAAAACUUCAGCUAUUGAAACUAAGUUGGUUAGUAUGUACGCAAAAUGUGGGUAUUUGAGGGACGCACGCAAAGUGUUUGAUGAAAUGUCUGACAAAAAUUUGUUCACAUGGUCGGCGAUGAUGGGUGCGUGUUCGAGAGAUAAGAGGUGGAAAGAAGUUGUGGAGCUUUAUUAUAUGAUGGUGGAAGAUGAUGUCUUGCCUGAUGGGUUUUUGUUGCCUAAGAUAUUGCAAGCUGUUGGGAAUUGUGGGGAUAUCAAGACUGGAGAAUUGUUGCAUUCUUUUGUGGUUAAAUGUGGAAUGGGAAGUUCUCCGCGUGUUAAUAAUUCGAUUUUGGCUGUGUAUGCAAAGUGUGGGAAGUUGAGCUUAGCGAGGAGGUUUUUUGAAAGCAUGGAUGAUAGAGAUAGAGUGGCUUGGAAUGCUAUGAUGUCUGGCUAUUGUUUGAAGGGGGAGAUUGAGGAAGCGCGUCGAUUAUUUGAUGCAAUGUGUGAAGAAGGGAUUGAACCGAGUUUAGUUACUUUAAAUAUAUUGAUUGCUGGCUAUAAUCAGAAAGGGGAAUGUGAUGUCGCUAUGGAUUUGAUGAAGAAGAUGGUGACUUUCGGGGUAAGUCCAGAUGUUGUUGCGUGGACUGCUAUGAUUUCGGGGUUUGGUCAAAAUAAUAGGAAUGGUCAGGCAUUGGAUUUGUUCAAGGAGAUGAUUUUGGCAGGGGUUGAACCAAAUGGAGUUACUAUUACGAGUGGUUUAUCAGCUUGUGCAUCAUUGAAGGUGUUGAAUAUGGGGCUGGAAAUUCAUUCUCUUGCUGUUAAGAUGGGUUUUAUUGAUGAUGUACUGGUUGGGAAUUCACUCAUUGAUAUGUAUUCAAAAUGUGGGCAGCUGGAUGCUGCUCAGCUGGUAUUUGAUUCGAUGCUAGAGAAAGAUCUUUAUACCUGGAACUCAAUGAUUGGAGGAUAUUGUCAAGCUGGAUACUGCGGUAAGGCCUAUGUGCUCUUCAUGAAAAUGCAGAAAUCUCAGGUACAACCUAAUGUUGUCACUUGGAAUACAAUGAUAUCGGGAUAUAUUCAAAGUGGUGACGAGGACCAAGCCAUGGAUCUCUUUCACAGGAUGGAGAAGGAGGGAAAGAUUGAGCGGGAUAAUGCAUCAUGGAACUCUCUUAUUGCUGGUUUUUUGCAAAUUAGGCGAAAAGACGAAGCAUUAGGCAUAUUUCGACAAAUGCAGUCCUUUGGUGUUAGUCCCAACCCAGUUACCAUAUUGAGCGUGUUACCUGCUUGUGCAAAUUUAGUUGCACUAAAAAAGGCUAAAGAGAUCCAUGGUUGUGUGUUGCGCAGAAAUCUAUCUGGUCUCUCUAUUGCAAACUCCCUUAUUGACACAUAUGCCAAAUCAGGGAAAAUAGAAUAUUCAAGAGCCAUAUUUGAUAGAAUGCUAUCCAAAGAUUUCAUCACCGUGAACUCAAUGAUUACUGGGUAUGUCUUACAUGGUUGUUCAGACUCUGCGCUUGGUCUCGUUGAUCAGAUGAGAGAGUUGGGACUUAAACCUAACAGAGGUACUCUUGUGAAUAUUAUCCUUGCACACAGUCUUGCUGGAAUGGUGGAUGAAGGGAAACAAGUUUUCUCUAGUAUGACAGAAGACUAUCAGAUUAUACCAGCUUCAGAACAUUAUGGGGCUAUGGUAGAUUUGUAUGGCCGUUCUGGCAAGAUCAAAGAAGCAGUAGAGCUUAUUGACAAUAUGCCAAUCAAGCCUGAAUCCUCUGUUUGGUCUACCUUACUAACUGCCUGCAGGAACCAUGGAAAUUCUAAAUUGGCAAUCCGUGCAAGGGAAAGGUUGCUUGAUUUGGAACCAUGGAAUUCUUCAAUCCACCAGUCAAUUUUGCAGUCAUAUGCCAUGCAUGGAAAAUCCGAAAAUGCUCCAAAGACGAAGCUUGAAAAAGAAAACAAAGUACAAAAACCUAAAGGACAGAGCUGGAUUGAAGCCAACAACACUGUGCAUUCUUUUGUUGCAGAAAGAAUAUCAACAGAAGCCAAAGUACACAAUCUGAACUGUGGGUGUUGCAUUGAGGAGGAAGAAGAAGAAGAGAAGGAAGAAAUUGUCGGUAUCCAUAGUGAAAAGCUUGCACUUGCUUUUGCCAUUGUUCGCUCACCUUCUGCUCCUCAGAUGACUCAAACUGUUUACACCACUUUAAAUCUGGGAGUUGUUCCUGUGGUGAUUACUGGUAAAAGUAGAAGUGGCUUGGAUAUUGCUUCAGUCCCUGAUGCAGCAGUUUCAGUUGAGUUGAAAAAAAUGUCUCCUCUUGAGGCUAUGAAAUCAUGGCAUGAGAUUUCUUCUCCAUCUAGCAGACACCCCCACCCGCAUCCGGUGCCUUUGGAUUGA